CGGACAAGAGCUGGAUAAACAACGCAAGGAUAUCGGAUCACCACAGAGCAACGCCUUUUACCGUAGAAGCGUGAAUUUUGUUUCUUCCAGGAAGGAUUCAAAGAUCCACAACGCGAGCAUAGCGGUGUAGUCUCUUCAGCGCCACCCUAACCAAACACGCAAAAACUCACAUCUCCGAACAAUUCUGUGAUACAAUGGAGGCCGAGAUCAGAGCCCAGAUUCCUGGAAUCGACCCUGUCGUGUCCGAGUAUUCCGCAGGAUACCUCAACCAUGCCUCGCAAGCAUACAGCGCGGAAGGCGACCCACUGUCAGAUGCCGCCGCCGCUGUGACAGCUCUGCUGCUUUCCGCUUCUGGUGAUCUGUCUAAUCAGAAUGAGUUGACAAUUCAAAAUCUGAUUGAGAAAUUUGUCUCCAAGCUCUCCUCUCAGUCUGAUGCUGAUGGCGAGAGACGCCAGCAGGCACCUUCUGCCAGAAAGCUGGAGCAAACCAUCCAGGUCGGAUCUUCAAGAAACAUCUCAUCAACUCUUGGCUUGACUGGUGGUGUCAACUUGGAGCACACUGGUAGACAGAUCGAAUCUCGUGUCGACAAGAAGAAGCUAGAGAAGGCUGAGAAGAAACUCCGCGCGAAGCAAGACAGAAAGGAAUUCAAGAAUGUCGAGUACGAGGCUUCCAGACUUUUGGAGAUGCCCGAUGAUGCUGCAUCAUACGAAGAAUUCUUCAUGAAGGUCAACCCUCUGCAGCUUGGUUCUGACAACCAAGGCAAGAGCAAGGACAUCAAGGUUGAUGGUAUCGAUAUCACUAUCGGUGGCAAGCGAAUCUUGAGUGAUACCAACCUGACCCUGGCCUUUGGUCGCAGAUACGGUCUGGUCGGUCAGAACGGUAUCGGUAAAUCUACUUUGCUCAGAGCUUUGAGUAAGAGAGAGGUCGCCAUUCCAACUCAUAUUUCCAUUCUUCACGUCGAGCAAGAGAUCAUGGGAGACGACACUCCUGCUCUUCAAGCCGUUCUGGAUGCCGAUGUCUGGCGCAAGCACUUGCUGAGAGAGCAAGACAAAAUCACCAAGGAACUUGCAGAAUUGGAAGCCAGCCGAUCACAGAUGGCAGACACAUCAGCAGAUGCUGCCAAGCUUGACACUCAGCGAGAAGGUCUCGACAUCACGCUUAGUGAUGUCCAGGGCAAGCUUGCCGAAAUGGACUCCGACAAGGCAGAAUCUCGUGCUGCCAGUAUUCUUGCUGGUCUUGGUUUCUCGCAUGAGAGACAGCAGUUCGCCACAAAGACCUUCUCUGGUGGUUGGCGUAUGAGAUUGGCACUUGCCCGUGCCCUGUUCUGCGAACCUGAUCUUCUCAUGCUCGAUGAACCUUCUAACAUGUUGGAUGUUCCUUCCAUCACCUUCUUGUCAAACUACCUGCAGACCUACCCAAGCACCGUCUUGGUAGUUUCUCACGACAGAGCCUUCCUGAACGAAGUCGCCACAGACAUUAUCCACCAACACUCAGAGCGCCUUGACUACUACAAGGGUGCCAACUUCGAAUCCUUCUACAAUACCAAGGAGGAGAGAAGAAAGACCGCUAAGAGAGAGUACGAGAAGCAAAUGGGUGAGCGUGCGCAUCUGCAAGCAUUCAUCGACAAGUUCCGUUACAAUGCCGCCAAAUCAUCCGAAGCACAGUCACGUAUCAAGAAGCUGGAGAAGAUGCCCAUCUUGGAGGCUCCCGAGAGCGAGUACACUGUCAAAUUCUCGUUCCCCGAUGUGGAAAAGAUGACACCUCCUAUCAUCCAGAUGUCUGGUGUUGCUUUCGGUUACACACCCGACAAGCCGUUGCUCAAGAACGUGGACCUCGAUGUUCAGCUCGACUCGCGUAUUGGUAUCGUUGGACCCAACGGUGCUGGUAAAACAACAGUACUCAAGCUUCUCAUUGGUGCUCUCCAACCGACUACUGGUCUCAUAUCUCAGAACCCUCGUCUGCGUAUUGGCUUCUUCGCUCAACACCACGUCGAUGCUCUGGACUUGAACAUGAGUGCUGUCGGCUUCAUGUCCAAGAUGUACCCUGGUAGGACCGAUGAAGAGUACCGUAGACAUCUCGGUGCCUUCGGUAUCACUGGUAUGACUGGUCUACAAAAGAUGGAGAUUCUUUCUGGAGGUCAGAAGUCUCGUGUCGCUUUUGCCAUCCUUUCCCUUCAGAACCCUCACAUCUUGGUUCUUGAUGAGCCCUCUAACCAUCUGGAUAUCGAAGCUAUGGAUGCUUUGGCAGAUGCUCUCAAGAACUUCGGCGGUGGUGUCUUGAUGGUUUCCCAUGAUGUGUCCAUUCUCAGUGCGGUCUGUUCUACGCUCUGGGUGUGUGACCAGGGAAGUGUUGAGCACUUUGAUGGAGAUGUCAACGAUUACAAGCGCAGAAUUACAGCCCAGGCCGAUGCAGCUGGAGUUGCGACCACUCACCACUAGUGUAUUAGCGACAGAGAGACUAUCACGGUGCUCAUGCAAUACUAGAGCUUGUGGCAAUGGCAAGAUAGAUAUGAACAAAAUGCAUACGUCUGGACAAGUGCUGGACAGACUGGUCAUCGAUGUGGUAUAGACCUUGAGAAGUUUCAUCUGAAGCAUCCUUGCGAUUCUUUGACCUUCUAGUGAUAUGUACCCAGCUCUGCUACCACUGUAUCCUAUAUG